UAGCGCAAGAAACACACUCAAAAGGAAUUACUAAGUGUUAUAAACAAGAAUAAAUAAAAAAAAACAAAUUUAACUUAAAUAUAACUAUAACUAAGAAAAAACAAAAAAAUCCCCUAAAAUAACUAAAUAUUUUUUAUUAGAAUUAUUACUAUUAAAAAUUAAAUAUCACUUUUUAAUAAAAUAAAAAUUAAGCAAAAAAUAACUUAUUUUUGUAUAUGUUGAUAUAAUAAUGAAUGAAUUUAACCGUCCUAACAAGCGUAUACAAAUAAUAAAAGAAAAAAUCAAGCACGUAGUACAUAAAAAAAACAUUAAAUAAAUGCCACUGCCCGUUACAACAAUUGGAAAAAUCGAUUUUUCCAAUUUUUCAACAGACGACAAACAUUCUUAUAAACGAACUUUAUUUAUAUUAGUAUCUCAAUGCUGCUUGCUACACUUGUAAGUGUAUGUUUUUGUGUACAUUUUGUUUGUUUGUACGUGUUCAAGUGUACACUUUUUAUCCAUCAUAAGUAAUGAAAAAAUGUGAAAAAAUUUGUAUUUACUAAAGAAUAAAAUAUGAAAUGCAUAUUUGUAAUAUAAAACAAAAAGAAUGUAACAUAAGAAAAAGUGGCCAAUUAUUUUAAAAUGUUGAUGAAUUUGUUUGACAUUUUCUUCAACUUGUUAGUGAUGUGGAUAGUAUUAGUUACGCCCCAAGUCCAGUCAGCUAGUGUACUACAAUAAAAAAGGAAAGAAUGCUGCCACAGGGUUUUCAUUGCUAGAUACAAAACAAAAAACAAAAAAGAUAGAUUAUGUUGACACACACAGCUUGCUGUUUACAAUGAUGAUGAUGACGUUUACAAGCGGAAGUUAUUGAGAGAAAAACAAAAUAAAAUUAAACUUAACAAAUAAUAAAAAAUAAAGGAAAACUUACAUAAACGUAGUUAGCUUAACAAGAAUUUAUAGUAGAAAAUUUUUGCAAAUAAAAAUUUUGUUCAACACAACCACAAAAUAAGAAAAAUAAAAAGAACUUAAUUUAUACUAACAAAAGAAAGAAAUAAAAAUAAUGCAUCUACAUUUUGAACGCAACACAAAUACAAAAUGCGAUUGUACAAUAUUAUCAUUAUCCUGGAUGGGAAAAGUACCAGAUGACAUACCAGAGGAUGAUGGCUGGAAGUUAAAUCGUACCAACUACUAUCAGGAAGGUUGGCUGGCAACGGGUAAUGUACGAGGAAUUGUUGGUGUGACUUUUACAACAUCUCAUUGUCGUAAAAAUGUUGAAUAUCCUUUACGUACAAAUUACAAUUUAAGGGGACACAGAUCUGACGUUAUCCUUGUCAAAUGGAAUGAACCAUAUCAGAAAUUGGCAUCUUGUGAUAGUUCUGGUAUUAUAUUCGUUUGGAUCAAAUACGAGGGUAGAUGGUCCAUAGAGCUUAUAAAUGAUCGUAAUACACCGGUAACUCACUUCUCGUGGUCGCAUGAUGGUCGUAUGGCACUCAUUUGUUAUCAAGAUGGUUUCGUUUUGGUGGGAUCUGUGGCUGGUCAGCGCUAUUGGUCUUCCAUGUUGAAUUUAGAAUCUACUAUAACAUGUGGCAUUUGGACGCCGGAUGAUCAACAGGUGUACUUUGGCACUACGCAAGGUCAAGUGAUAGUCAUGGAUGUUCAUGGUGCCAUGGUUUCUCAAGUGCAAUUGUGCAAUGAUGUUGGCAUUACAUCCAUGUCUUGGUCUUGUGAGAAAUUUAAAAUGGAAGAGGGUGAAGAAUCAGAACCGGGUGUGACCAAUGCCGCUAAACGUUCAUUUGUUUUGGCCGUUAGUUUUCAAAAUGGUUUUAUUUAUUUACUCAAGUCAUUUGAUGAUGUUUCACCUUCACAUAUCAAUACAGGCCUUGAUGGGUCUCUGGGUAUGGUUAUGGAAUGGAGUAAUUCCCGUGAACUUUUGGCUGUGGCCGGCACCUCUAAUAAAACCGUUAACAUUAAUGAUCCUCUUAAUGGCACGGUGUAUGAAAAUGUUUUGAAAUUUUACACAGAAACAGGAGCUUUACUUUAUCAGGCCCAUAUACCCAAUUCGACAGCACCAGUGUCGGCCUUAACCUGGGGUCACAAUGAUAAACGUUUGUUUAUUGCUACAGGCACCCAAGUUCAUAUAGCUUGGGUGUCGAGACGUGUGGCUUCUUUACAGUUACUGUGUCGUCUACAAAUACAAGCUAGUAUAGGAUCCGAAACAUUAUUGCCAUUGUUGCCUUUGCCUUCAAGAAUUAAGACUCUUAUUGGCAAUUUAUUUGCUCAAACUAUUCGAUGCUGUGUACCUGAUUUAAAAUCUCUUAGAGAAUUCGUUUCCCGGCCGCCGAUAUGUUCGACGCGUUUACAUUGCACCAUGAUACGUCAUGAUGAUGAUUCAAAUAUUAGUUCUGGUACCUGUUAUACACUAUAUUUGGAAUAUCUUGGCGGGUUGGUACCGUUGCUUAAAGGCAAAAGAACUUCCAAAAUACGUCCAGAAUUUGUUAUAUUCGAUCCGCAAGUGAAUGAAUCUUCGGACUUUUUCCACCAUUCUCCCAGUUCGAAAAGUUCUUCAUCGUCCAGUCAAUCGACUAGCACUACCGCCAAAAGUCGUACUGAUUCUUCUGACAGUGAAUACGAGGAACGUUUAAGAGGCUCGCCUCAUACGCCUCGUAAACGUAAGAUACGUCAACAAAAGCGUCAUGGCUCAAAUAAUAAUGAUAGAAAUACUCUUACCACUGGCAGUGAUAAUGGUGAUGCUUUAGAUGAACUCGCUUAUGUGGAUACACUACCAGAGGAAGUGAAAUUGGUUGAGGUUACCUCUAAUAUUUGGGGUACCAAAUUUAAAAUACAUGGACUUGCAAAAACCGUCCCGGCAAACUUAGGCCAAGUUACCUAUAAAACGUCCCUGCUGCACUUGCAACCCCGUCAAAUGACUCUAGUGAUAACCGAAUUAAGAGAUGAUUUCCCACUUGGACCGGAUCCCAGCUUUAAUCCGAAUCUCUUUUCUGAAGACGAAGAUGAGAACUUGUUAAAUCAUACGGCGGCCAAGAGAACGCAGACAACAGCAGCUGCCACAGAAGUAGCAAAUCCUGUUGAUAGUGGAGGCGGUGGAGGUGCAUGCGCCGGAGGAGGUGGAAAUAUAAUAACAAGAAAACUUAAUGAAAUUGCACCACCCAUAGCACCAAUGUCACCUAGGCCAAAUCGCCUAUUGUCUAGACACAGGAAUUCACCGAAUGGUAACCAAAUGUCGGGUAUCCAAGGUAAAAGUCCUUUGGCUAGAGCAGAAUCUUAUGAUGAUGAUUCAACUAGUGAAUCACCAGAAGCUUUACCCUCCACCUCAGCCUCGGCCAUUAUGCAUAACAGUUCAAACAAUCACAAAAUAUUACGUCCCAAGACCAUAACUUCUAGCUAUUCACGUUCGAAUGGUGGUUCUUGUGGCCAAUCACGUCACGCCAUAUCGCCAUUGUUCAACGAUGGUUCCGUCCCAACAUUACAAUCACCCAAAAAUGCUGUAGCUCCUACUGAUAUUAUAUUUGAACGACCAGCCGUUUCGGCAGCUGGCCAAACGACGCUUAUGUCAUAUUCCAGCAAUAAUGACUACGCCAACAAUGUCGUCCAGGUUAAAAAUGCUCUUAUGUCUGAAACCAUACGUUCAGCUAACAGUCAUGUCAAUCCAGUGCCUCUUAAUCUUAACCUUAAUUUAGAAAGAAUGGAUGCAAACAAACUGAAAACCACGCAGUUGCCAUCGACAUCCAAAAAACGCGAUAUACUUUAUAUAGAUGAUGAAACACAAUCGCCCAUAGUACAGCCGCAGAUAGUGGGAGCAGCAGCUAUUACACCUUCACCUAUAGCGGUGAUAGAAAAUCCCAUGAAAAGAACACCCACCGUGGUGUCGAUAGCACCUGCAGUACCCGAUGUCAUAACACGUAGUUGUAGUGUGGGUUAUUUGGAUUCAGUAGCCAUAACACCAUCCGAUGAAGCUCUCACUGCAUUGCGUAGAGAAGCUCCCAAUAAGCGGCUGAUAUUGGUGGAUAACCGAAAAACAAAUCGUAAGAAAAAGUCUCAACAAGGGGACCCACAUAAACCUAAACUUUUAUUUACGGGCAAAUCUAAAAGUUUAGAUUCCUGUGAUUUGUUGUCAGCUCAAACAAAAACUACUAGCAAACAAUUAGAUAAACUAAACGAAAUCAAAGAAAGUUCAACCGCAGGCACAGCAUCCGCCAAAACAGCCUGUUUCACCUGCUCCAAUGUGCCCAAUCCAAGUGAAGAUUGUAAACGUUGCAAAACAUCUCCUACAUCAAGUGAUGAAAUUAUUAAACUGGAUCUAGAGGUCAGCUCCAGCAAAGAGGUCGCCAGCGAAAGUGAAUUGCUUAACAAAAAAUCUUCAGAAAGUUUACCAAAACGUAGAAUUGAUGUUAUAACCAGUUUUACGGAUAGUCCUCUCUUCACACGAAAACACCGCUUUGGCAAUCGCAACUCCACAGAUACAUCUUCCCCCACAUUGGGACGACGUAAUGAACAUGGUUUUAAUUUAUACAAACAACUAACCGAAGGACGUUGGAGACGCAAGGAAUCAAAACAAACAGCUAAUGGCGGCGAAAGCAAACAGCAGACUUCAAAUGCCACGAAUAAUCAAGAGCAACGCUUAACUGACUCCCGUAAUGAAAUAGCGAUAGAGGCUACACCUGUAGAGUCAAGAGCUUCUGUUUCACUGCAUACUCAGGCCCUUACAACUUUAGAAAAUAUUAUUAGUAGACUAAGAGACCUGGAUGAAGGUCGUUUAACACCACCCUCCUCACCACAACGUUUGCCACGCAGUUCGCCCGCCUCACCGGCAAGCAGCAAAAAGAAUAAACGUUACCAAAGCAGUUCACCUAUACGUAAUAUUUUAAAUUCGCCACUUUUACUUAGACGCCAACGAAAUAAAAAACAAAACAUUAUUGAUAGUUCGGAUGACGAGGGCAAUGGAACGAAUGGUUCCGGUGAGGAAAAUUCAAAUAAUGGUUGUAGUAAACAGUAUCGUGAUUUAGAAACAUUUCAAAAGGCUCAACUUCGACAAAAGUUAAAACGUGGAAGAAUAGAACCGAAUGGCACCUCCAACUGCAGCAAUCCAGCACCUGUGCGACGGGAGUUUGUAAUGCACAAUAAAGCGCCCAUGUGGAAUGAAAUGAGUCAAGUCUAUCAACUGGACUUUGGCGGUCGUGUUACUCAAGAAUCAGCAAAAAAUUUCCAAAUUGAAUUUCGUGGAAAACAGGUCAUGCAAUUUGGACGAAUAGAUGGCAAUGCCUAUACCUUAGAUUUUCAGUAUCCAUUUUCAGCAUUACAAGCUUUUGCUGUGGCUCUAGCUAAUGUAACACAACGCUUAAAAUAAUUAUGUUGAACAAAUGAGUCAGACAUAAAGGAAAUUUCCAUAAAAAUAUUAAAAUAAAAAAUCAACUUAGGUUGUAGCUUAUGAUUCUAAAAAAACAAAACUUUACUAUAUACAUAAAAAUACAUACAUACACUUAUAGAAAAUAAUGAGGAAAAAUUAUAUUUUAGCAUUUCCAAAGAAAACAAAAAUUCAUGCAAAACUAUUGUUGUACAUAGUAUAUAUAGAAAUAUACAUGCAGACAACAUACCUUUAGAUUAAUAUUAAAAUUAUAGUGAAAUGCAUUAUUUUAGGAGAUAAACACAGCAUAAAUAUUUUGUUGUAUUUACACCAUUUCAAAAUUUUGUUUAAGAAUAUUUUAACAUUUUUAAAUUUAAAUUCUUAAAUUCUCUGAAUGAAAUGAAAAGGAAGAUGAGACGUUGAUCGGUUCUAAAAACUGUUUUGGAACUUAAAAAGCAUUUUAGACGAAGUUUUGAAUCACAAUAAUAUAAUGCUUUAAGUGAUUUUCAAGCAAGUACUAACAAUUUUUCCUGUAAACAUUAAUAUUUUAUUUUUAACUCUAAUAAAAUUGAUCUUUUAACAAAGUUUUAAAAAUGGUGUAAUAUUGAAAAUGUGUUGUAAUAGAAAAUUUACCAUAAUAUAGAAAACAAACACUUAAUUUAGUAUAAAAUUGUAUGUAAUUUAAGUAACACAGAAAAAUCAACCAAGAAAAACAAAAAAACUAAACGACUUUAGGUGUGCAAUAUGUAAUUAAUUUUAUUAUUUUUUUUUUAAUUUGUAUUAAAUUAAUUAAAAAUUAUUACGUAAAAAAUUAUAAUGUAUAAUUUUUAAGCUUAAAAUUUGUAUUAUUAUUAGUAAUAAUAUAAUUAUAAUUAUAUUAAAACAUUAAUGCUGUGCUUUUUAAACGUGUGUGUGCAUGUAUUGUAAGUGAAUGUUAAAACGGCUAUAAAAAAUCUUUUAAUGAUCAACAAAAUAUUGAAAACCUGUUUGUAUUUUGAUAAAUUCUUGUGAAUUCUUAUUAUUCUUAUGGUAUUUAAUAUAAUGUAUGUAAUAAGAAUGUUUUAAACAUUUUUUUAAUUUGUAUUUUAAAUUUAAAAUUAAAAUUUGUUUAGCUCCGUGUAAUUUUAAAGAGUAAACAUAUAAGAACAACAACAACAACAAAGAAAAACUCCGUUCCAUUUUUUUCUUCUAACUCUUCUUAUUUCUAAACUUUUUUGUAAUUAAAAAAAUAAAAACCAAAAAAAAAAAAAUCUA